AAUGUAACUUCAAAUUUGCACGCAUUAAAUUAUAAUCACUCGACGUGUCUUGUUUUAUCAUAUAUUUUGUUAAAAUUAUAAGACGUGUCCUAUUUUUGUCACAACGACGACAUUUUAUAUCCAUCAGUCUGUCUUAUACGCAAUCUACACUCGUCUUUUAUUUUAGCACUUACGUUCACACAAUUAUAAAUACGUGAUUUCCGGUUGUUUAUUUUUUUCUACUUCAUAAAUAAUCUUGAAUAACGAUAAACAAAACUUAUUUGCACCGAUAGGCAUUCGGUAUUCAUUAUUUCAAUGCAAAUAAAACAGUUAAAAUGUACGGACUAAAUGUUUUGAAUAGCAUAAAUCAUUUAUAUUAACAAAUACGGAUGUACUUUGUAAUUUAUUUGUAACAUAAAAGUGUUUAGUAAAGAAAAUGUAUCACGAUUGUGUCACAUAAAAUCAAAACUUGAAAUUAUUUUAAAAUUGUUUCAACAUUAAGUUGUAUUUUUUUUGUUAGUGUGGAACUGUAUAAAACAGCGGAUGAGCCUGAAUUAAACCGUCUUGUAGGUAUCAAAUUGGAGUACCUGACAAAGAACUGUGAUGGAAGUAGAGCUUUGCGCUUGUGUAUUGUUAAACCUGUUGGUUUCUUGUAUAGCUUGGCCUCGAUAUGGACGACCGCAUCCACUUUACAAUGGAAGACUUCAAACAAAUGAAAAUAUAUUUGCAAAUGCAGUUCUUCUUGGCUUAGAUUUCAAUGACCUACAAUCACUCCAGGCAGCCAGCGGAAACGUGUUUGGACUUGGGAAUUUAGGUUUGCCAAACAAUGGGUUUCCUAUGAAUGCAUAUGAACGUAAAAGGGCUAGACAAGAUGUGAAUACUCUGACUGCACUUGGUGUAAUCGAUGGCCCUGAAGAGGCAGGUCCAUAUGGGUCUUUAGCUCAAAGUAAUAGACCUGAUCCUCCGGAUAACCCUAGAGGACGGGAUGGAGGUGGGGGCAAUAAAACGAAAACAGGAAAGAAAAGUAAGAGUACACAGAAAAAUACAGGCAAAGUUUCAGCUAAAAGUAAACAAGUGGUAAAAAAUACACACGUUCAGACAAUUGCUGAUUCCAGUGCUAAUUCUGGACUGAUAAAUACACAACCUAUGAUACAAGAUACAAAAAGCAACACUAGAAUAACUGGGCGACAAGGUGUAGUUUUAAAAGGUCAGGUUAAUGAAAUUAAGAGUAUUGAUACUGCAGGAAAACCAGCUCAGGCGAUUAAAACAACGGUGCCUAAACAGAAAUUAGCUACUGAGUUGGUUAAAGUCAUGCGACAGACUCACAAGACUGGAACCGACAAGAGAAACAAUAGAAAAGUUGGGGCAGCUAGUGUAAGAAGGCCAAAGAAACGAAAAACUAAAAGAAAGGGUGGUAACGUUGGGGAAUGGGGAGAUGCUGGAGAAGGUCGGCUAUCAGAGCGGGGUGAUAUACCUUUGAAAGGUAGAGGGAAACAGGUGGUAUGGAGAUCAUCUGGAGGUGAAGAUGCUCAAAUUGGAAGAGGAGAGGUAUUAGACAGACGAGUAUUCGUUGGUCGGUUUUGAUGUAAAUAUCUACUUAAGAAAAUAAGGCGUUGGUUUUACCAUCUUUACCUAACUGUCUACAUAUUAAACAUUUCAUUAAUUCCAGUUUGACAUAAACAUGUUUAUAUUUGGUAACGUGCCAAUGAAUCUGUCAACGAUUUUAUGGCAUGCAUAAUCAUCUAAAAUAUGUUGACUGAUUUAACGUUUUGUAUAAAACCAGGAAUAGAAAGUGAUAAAUUCAAAUGAGAGGACGGAAGGGUUGGAAGAAUACUUCUAUGCUAGUAAUAACUAAUAAUUGCUCAAGAUGAACUGGCCUUCGGUUUGACUUUUUGACACUGAAUCUCUCAUAACCCCACUCACCACAUAAAUUGUGUGAAAGUUAUGGGGUCUGAAGCCAAAUCUAAACUCCACAUUUAUUUUGUAGUCAAUAAUUUCGUUACAGUUCAUUUUUACACUCAAUGUAAAUAGUUAUUUUUUAUACACUGAAUAUCAUUUUAGAUUUACAAGAAUAACUUGGUUAAUAAAAAGGAAAUUUAAGAAGGAAGUUUGUAAAUGAGACCGUUUUGUCCACGGACUUGCAACAGAAUGAAAUUACCUCAAAACCCUGAAAAUCCUGGAAAAAAUCGUUAGUAAUCUUUCUUAUUGAAAAUAUUUUUGUUACGAUUGACACAUUAACCAAUUAUGGUAAGAUUUAACAAUUAUUGAGUUUGAAAAAUGGAACACUGUAACUGGAACUCAAUUUCUAACGCAGUCGUUAGGCAAAUAUAUUUAUAAAUGUUUGAUAAAUAUGCAAAAAUAUAUGAAAAUUGUAAAUAUUAUAUCAAUUAAAUGCUCAUAUACUU